AUGAAGGCGUCCGUACUUAUAUUGGCAGCCCUUUUGGGCGUCUGCAGUGCCUUCACUGUACCCCACUCGAUUGUCCACCCACGAGACUUAAAGGUCGAACACCGAAGCAUCGAAGGUCGCAUCACCAACGGAAAUGAGGCGACUGAGGGACAAGUCCCCUACAUCGUGGGAGUCAGCCUGAACAGCAACGGAAACUGGUGGUGGUGCGGUGGAUCCAUCAUCGGCCACACUUGGGUGCUGACCGCCGCCCACUGUACCGCUGGUGCUGACGAAGCUUCACUGUACUACGGAGCCAUUAACUACAACGAACCUGCCUUCCGACACACCGUCAGCAGUGAGAACUUCAUCAGGUAUCCCGGUUAUGUUGGCCUGGAUCACGAUUUGGCUCUGAUCAGGACACCUCAUGUGGACUUCUACAGUCUGGUCAACAAGAUCGAGCUGCCCAGCCUGAAUGAUCGUUACAACUCCUAUGAAAGCAGCUGGGCUCAGGCCUCUGGCUGGGGUGCCAUUUACGAUGGCAGCAAUGUUGUGGAGGACCUGCGAUAUGUGGAUGUACAAGUGAUCUCUGUGUCCCAGUGCCAGGCUUACUAUGGAACAGAAACUGCCACCGACAACGUCAUCUGCGUGGAGACUCCUGAUGGAAAGUCCACCUGCCAAGGAGAUUCCGGUGGCCCAUUGGUCACAAAGGAAGGUGACAAGCUGAUUGGAGUUACCUCCUUUGGGUCCAUCUACGGCUGCCAGUCAGGAGCCCCAGCUGGUUUCACCCGAGUGACCAAUUACCUUGAAUGGAUCAAGGAGGAGACUGGCAUUUACUAUUAAGUAAAGUCAAAAAUCUUAUGGCACUAAAUAAAUCUGAGAUAUUCUCUA